UGACAACACAAAUUUUUUCACCCAACAAGACUACGCCACAUACCUAAAAGAGACCAAACAAGCGCAAGGGAAGAAGCUGCAGAUAGAGGAGAACAAGAAGAGGAUAGAAGAAGGACUACCACCUGGACCAAGAGUUACACUGACAACCAAAGACGGCCGGCGAUUGCAGCGGUUCUCCGUGGUGACAAUUAACGGGAAGGAGAAGCUAAUUGUGCCGAUUGACUCCGGAAACCCGCAAAAGAUGGUGUUCUUCGUAACGAUCGACGAAUAUUACGAUCUUAUCCUGGAAGUACACCUGGCGGAGGGGCACAAGGGCAGGAACGUUCUGAUGCCCAAGCUCCAAGCUACAUACAAGAACAUCCCGAGGGAGGUAGUACAGCUGUUCCUGGACUUGUGCCCCACGUGCCUCCUGAAAAAGAAGACGAAGAAGAGGGGCCUGACGGUGAAGCCGAUGGUAUUCCACCAGAUGAAUGAUCGCUGGCAAAUAGAUCUGGUGGAUAUGCAGAGCGCGGCAGACGGAGAGUUCCGGUGGAUCUUCGUCUGCCAGGACCAUCUGACCAAGUUCAUACACCUGAGGGCCCUCACAUCGAAGCGUGCCGUUGAAGUUGCGGAGCACCUGUUGGAGAUCAUGCUGGUGUUCGGGGCUCCGUCAAUACUUCAAUCAGACAACGGGCGCGAAUUCGUGAAUCAGAUCAUCGAAAGCCUCAAGGACACCUGGCCUGAACUUAAAAUUGUCCACGGGAGCCCUCGUCACUCCCAGUCACAAGGGAGUGUCGAGCGAGCGAAUCAAGAUAUCCAGGAUAUGCUGUCGGCCUGGAUGCUGACUUAUCGGACCAAGCAGUGGAGCAAGGGGCUGAAGUACGUGGCAAGCCAGAAGAACAGUGCUUUACACCAGGGCACUGGCAGGUCACCCUAUGAGGCCGUGUUCGGCACCCCAAUGAAGGUGGGGAUAAGCAGCAGCCUGCCAAGUGCCCUGGUCCCUUACCUCACGACAGAGGAGGAGCUGCUCGAGUUCCUGGAGGGCAUCGGGAGGGAGCCUUCAACGCCGCCGCGCGCCUCUCCGACUCGGCAAGGUAAACUAGUCAAUUAAUUUCCUACUGACUAUACGGACCUACCAGGGCUCCAUAUUUGUGGUCUUUGUUGUAGAACCAAGCCCCAACAGCAGCCCCCGUCGUGUACCCCUUUUUCCGCC